AUGGAACCGUUCGCAUACCUUUGCCUCGCCUUCGCCUUCUUGCUGCCUCUGGUAGCCGGACAGGGCAAAUGCCCCGAGGCGGAUGAGAUCAGGCCCUGCACGUGCGGCAGCCACGAUCCGGAUAUAGGGUUCCACCAACCGGAUUUGGAUUGUUCGAAGGCCAGGACGAGUGGGGCGAUCUCCUCGGUUUUAAGGAAGAAUUCUUGGCCGACCACUCUCUUCUGGGAAUUCAGGCUACAAGACAACGAAAAUGUGGAAAAGCUUCCAAGGGGAGUCUCAGGGAUCCUCUCAUUCCAAUCCAUCAGAAUCAAGAACACCAGCGUAGAAACCGUCCAUCCGUCCUUCAUCCUCCAGUCGAACGACCGACUCUUGGUGCUGGAAAUCCAGAACAGUCGCCUGAAGGCGUUUCCAUCCCACAUCCUCCACCAACUGCCCAACCUCCUGACGCUCAACCUCCGGAACAACUCCCUGACCGACCUCCCGGCUCUUCAGAGCGCAAGCCUCAGAGUGCUCCAUCUCCAGUUCAAUAACAUCACGAGAGUCGAGGCGGACGGAUGGGACACUCCCAACUUGAGGGUGUUUGACAUCUCCGCGAAUCCCUCAUUGGAAGUCCCGCCUGGAGUGCUGAAGACGAUGGAGACGCUGGAGCGCUUUUGGUGUCCAAGGUGCAAUCUGGGACCCACACUCUCGACAGGAGCGCUUCAAUUCAACAGCAAGGCCUUAAAGACGGUGGGACUGAGCGAAAACGAAAUCGCAAGAAUGGAGCCAGACGCCCUCACAGAAAAUCCCAUCGAGUGUGAUUGUGCUUUGGAUUGGCUUAUUUCGGACUCGAAGAUCCUUAAGAGUGUUCGUGGAACCUGUGUUGAUGGAACAGAUUUUGGAAGCCUGGCUUUGAAUUGUCGCACCUGUCCUUUUGAGUGCGUCAGCCGCGAAGAAGCGUCUUCCUGCGAGCCAGGAACAGCGAUCACCGCGAACGUGGGCAACUGCCAGUCCAGCGAACUCUGCUGCCAGCGGAUGGCGCCAGAAGCGAAUACCACGUCCUCCCCAGCGCCCGUGGUGAAAGCCGAGUGCACAGCCGAUUACCCAAGAAUCGAAAACGCGAAGGAGUCUUUUGAGGGUUGGACGGGCGAGGAUCCAGCACCAGAAGGUGCGAAGGUGCUCUUCACGUGCGAGCAGGGUUUCGCCGAUGGAUCCGCCACGCACACGGCCACCUGUUCUCCCAGCUCGCCGGAUGCCUGGAGCGCGACAUUCAAGGAAGACGAGCGGACCACCCUUUGUCCACCCUCACGUGGAGCGGCGUCGACAGAUUAUCCGGAAUGCCGGUCGACAGAGAAGGGAAGGGAAUACGUCGGCACAAAGAACAAGACAGAAACCGGGAAGGAGUGCCUGAGAUGGGACAGCAAGCCAUACGGAACACCAAAGGAUUUUUCUCCCAUAGAGGACUACGAAGGACACUUCCCGAACCGGGAUAGGACCAGCGUGCUCUUGAAGACGGCCUUGGGCAGGCCCUUCCUCGCCGGGACCACGAAGCAGAGGCUGGCCUUCUAG